AUGGCAGUAUCUGGUAGCCCGGAAUUACUGAUCACAAGGUUGCCCACUUUCGUUUUUACGAAUAUCAUCACCCUAUUUUCUGCACUUAUUUUCAUUCUAGGAUAUAUUAGAAGUUAUACUACGGAAGCAUACUCGAUUACUUAUUGUCCUUCUAUGCAAUCUGAUUAUAAGUGGUCCGUCUCAUUGAUUAUACAUUCUCAGUUUAUUGCGGUGCUGCCCGUCUUCUUUGCUGCAAUCUUAUUGACUACUGUCAUGAGUUAUAAGUAUGAGGACAAUGGGAUCAAAAUUUCAAGAAAAGAAUUCACAGUUGAGCCCUAUUGGACUGAAAAUCUAGUAGAAUGGAGGCAGAGUCCAAUAUCUAUGAGAAUUCUAAGAUAUAUACUGCCCACAAAACUUUUCCACAAUAUCAAAAGUUUGAUCUCCACUCUCUGCAUACUACUUCAGACUUGGGUUGUCAUAUUUAUUAAGUUCUGUUGUGUUGUUUCUUUCUACGUCUGGCUUCCUUUACUAUUUUUAGUUAAUCUUUUACGCAAACUAUUGUCACCUGCGCAUCAAGUAUCAAAUGACCAAAUGAGAGAAGAGAUAGCAGACCUUAGCCACUUUGUAAUACUUCUUGAAGGAGAAAAACAAUUGCCAAAACCAUUGUUGAGGAAAAUCAUUUGUGUGGUGAAUGGUCAUAUAAAGUGGGGAAAGAAUCAACCACCACAUAGUCUACUCAAUCUUCUCAAACAAAGUUUCUUUUAUAAAGGUGCAAUACAAUUUGACAGCAGCCAAGUUCCGAGUCUAUUAUCAGAAGAACCUCCUAACUGUUGGACCCUUCCAGUGAUGACACUCGCAACCAUUGCCGUUGCACUUCCAAACAUUGCAAAUCAACAUGUUGAUGAGCUUGUAAGAUGUGUUGAUGAAGGCCUCCAAUAUGCAAGCUAUAUAGAUGUGCUGGAUGAGAAGCAUGUGUUGAAAUGCAUUAAAAAUGCUGCAAGUGUGGUGUGGGUGGGAGUUAAACUUCAUAAGAAGUGGUUGGAUAGGGAUCUUGGGGAUACAAUUAGGGAAAUUUGUUCUACCCGGGAGAUUAUUCAAGGUCUUGCUGAUGAAGCUGAAAGAAUUGUCAAAGAGUUCAGUUCUACGGGAAGCCAAUACCUUGUGGAAAAUCCUCUUUAUUGGCCUGCAAAUGUUUUAGCUGCUAAUUCAAUGUACAGAAUCAGUAGGACAAUUCUUUUAUACUAUGGGAAUGGUGAGUACCAAGCUGAAGAGUUGUUUAGGAAAUUAAUUUGCAUGAUUGCAAACAUAUUGGCAGCUUGUCUUAUUAAUUUGCCGCACCUGAUAGCUUCCAAGUGUAUAAACAAUGUCCUUGAGGAAAGGUUUAGAAGUGUUGGUAAUGCAGCUAUUCUUUUUGGAGAAACCGAAGAUAUUCUCAAGUUAUUUGAAGAGCGGCAACUUUUAGGCAUUGGUCCAAGUCAGCCAUUUUGCAUUGAUGAAUGGCUUAGAUGGAUGGAGUGUGAGACACAAGAUCCAACAGUUUCAACCUCUGCAACUCACAAUGACGCAUCCUCUACUGUUGAGUCCAAUGAUGAGCUUGUGAUUGUUCCAAUGUAA